CCGCUCUCAGGCUUCUCUUUGAUCUGACGCACGUGUGUCGCGUGUCUGCACGAUUCGCUCAGUUUUUGGCGCACAAGUGAGUAUAUUCGUGAAUUUUCCCGAACGACCGCCCUAAAAAACCACACGUUGAAGUCUCGAAACAAUAUGCGAUUGUAUAAGUGGUACGAUGCCGUCCGACGCGAAGAAAAAACAGCAGCAGAAGAAGAAGGAGGCUGCGAAAGCCCGACAAUCUGGUAAGAAGCCGCCACAAAGUAACAAUCAGGCGAAAACAGCCGAGGACGGCAAGGAGCAGAGCCCGACGUUAGGAGAUCUGCAGAAUGGCACGAACGGAACAGCUAUCAGUGCUGAAGAGGCAUUGUGUCUGAAAUUGGAAGCGGACGCCAAGCUGAACGCGGAGGCACGAUCAUGCACCGGAUCUUUAGCUUCGCAUCCGCGCAGUCGGGAUAUAAAGAUAUCGAAUUUUUCUAUUACUUUCCAUGGCUGUGAAUUGCUGCAGGACACCAUGUUGGAAUUAAACUGCGGCAGACGUUAUGGUUUACUAGGUCUAAACGGCUCUGGAAAGUCUACGUUAUUGGCGGUAUUAGGCAACCGCGAAGUUCCUAUUCCGGACCAAAUAGAUAUUUUUCAUUUGACUAGAGAAAUGCCCGCCAGCAAUAAGACGGCAUUAGAAUGCGUAAUGGAGGUUGACGAGGAACGUAUACGACUUGAGAAACUCGCUGAAGAAUUAGUGGAUUGCGAAGAGGAGGAUGCUCAGGAACAACUCAUGGAUGUAUACGAGAGAUUAGAUGAUAUGGCUGCCGACACGGCAGAAGCUCGUGCUGCUCAUAUUUUGCACGGUCUUGGUUUCACUGCGAAAAUGCAAAGAACACCUACCAAAGACUUCUCAGGAGGUUGGAGAAUGCGUAUUGCUCUCGCUAGAGCGUUGUAUGUAAAGCCACAUCUUUUGUUGCUCGAUGAGCCGACCAAUCAUCUCGAUCUAGAUGCUUGCGUGUGGUUGGAGGAAGAAUUAAAGACCUAUAAACGAAUUCUCGUUAUAAUCUCCCAUUCUCAAGAUUUCCUCAACGGCAUUUGCACCAAUAUCAUCCAUGUCAAUAAGAAGCAAUUGAAGUACUACACCGGUAAUUACGAGGCCUUCGUCAAGACACGAAUGGAGUUACUUGAGAAUCAAGCGAAACAAUACAACUGGGAACAAGAUCAAAUAGCACAUAUGAAAAACUACAUUGCGCGAUUCGGUCAUGGUUCGGCGAAACUGGCGAGACAGGCUCAAUCAAAGGAAAAGACCCUGGCGAAAAUGGUGGCACAAGGUCUGACGGAAAAGGUCAUCAACGACAAAGUGCUGAACUUCUACUUUCCGUCCUGCGGGACGAUUCCGCCACCAGUCAUCAUGGUUCAAAACGUCAGUUUUCGCUAUAACGAAGAUUCGCCUUGGAUUUAUAAAAAUCUCGAGUUCGGAAUUGACUUGGAUACCAGAAUCGCGCUGGUUGGACCGAACGGUGCAGGGAAGAGUACAUUGUUGAAAUUGUUGUACGGUGAUUUGGUACCAACAAGCGGGAUGAUUCGCAAGAACAGUCAUCUCCGAAUCGGCAGAUAUCACCAGCACUUGCACGAAUUAUUGGAUUUGGAUAUGUCGCCUCUCGACUAUAUGAUGAAAGCUUUUCCCGAUGUCAAAGAACGCGAAGAAAUGAGAAAGAUCAUUGGUCGUUAUGGUUUAACCGGACGUCAACAGAUUUGUCCUAUUCGCCAAUUAUCCGAUGGCCAACGUUGUCGGGUUGUGUUCGCCUGGUUGGCUUGGCAAGUGCCUCAUCUGUUGUUGCUUGAUGAACCUACCAAUCACUUGGACAUGGAGACGAUCGAUGCGCUCGCCGACGCUAUUAACGAUUUCGACGGCGGCAUGGUUCUCGUAUCGCACGACUUCAGAUUGAUUAAUCAGGUUGCCGAGGAAAUUUGGGUAUGCGAAAAUGGAACAGUUACAAAGUGGAGCGGGAACAUUUUAGAUUACAAAGAACACCUGAAGAACAAAGUUCUCUCUGACAACCAGAAGAGGCAGAAAGAUCUCGCCAGCAGGGGCAAAUAAGGCGGACAGUAUUUCGAUUGUGAUCCGCUAGGUUUUCCUCUUUCUAUUGCAUCAUGAAACUUGAUUAUAGGAAUUUCGUUUUGAAAAUUGCAUUAGACUGAUCACCGAGUGCACGCUGCUAUGUAGCGUGUCGGUGUAAUGGUCAGAUUACUUAGUUAAUUUAUUGAAAUAUUAGGCUGAAAUUAUAUUCUCCACUUUCUCCACAAACCGCAGGUCGUAUAACGUAUUGUCGUAUUACCUCUCUUGCAAGGAUCUAGAGUCUCUCAAAGAAAACACAUCGCACGAAAAUGUGAAUUAAAUUUAAGUAGAUCGCGCCGAGAAAGGCACAAGAAUAAAACAGUUCACGGACGAGAAACAGGAAACAAUGUUUCUUUUAUGGUCAACUGUAUUACAAAUUUCUUCUUAAUCUAAAAUAAUUUGAUUCUCUCUUGCAAGGAUAUAAAAUAUUGUUGUAACAUGUACAAACAUACACAGGUACGAUGGAUUACAUAGUUCCAAAAUACAUUUUUAUCUAUAUGUACGUAAAUAUAGAUUAUAUAUAUAUAUAUAUAUAAAUAACUAUGAUAAUAUAUUAACAUGGAAGACCGCCGUUUCUGCAUAUAUCUUUGCAUUACAAAAUAUCAUUCGUUAGGCGUUUUAAAAACUUAUUUAAAUAACUUUCACGCGAUAUACUUCCAACGUGUGCCGUGGCGAAAAAUGUAAUGUAUACAAUUUUUAUAACAACGAUAAUCGACACGAAA